GGAACUGAAAAAAAUCUCCGGGUCAUCGGCAAGGUAAACCUAUUCGUGACCAGUCUUUCACUGAAACAGACGACAGAAGGCCAAAAAUGGAAAUAUUCUGAGGACAGAUUUUAUACUAAACGGCCAUGUCGCCUGGUCCACCGGAUUAAAUCAGCCAAAGGAUUCUAAAUGGUGAAUCUACACGUGUUAUGGCCAAUGGAUGCUCAAAUCAAAGACGAUUCCUGAUAGUAGCAGCUUUCAUAUUACUGGCUAUGGAAUUAAAGACAACACUAUGUCAACAAGUAUGCAGUAGUUCGCCGAUUUUAUUGAGAGCUGAACACUAUAAAAAGUUCGCCCAUACACCAAAUUAUCCCAGAAAAUAUCCAAAGAAUGUGUUCUGUAAAUGGACAAUCAAGGCAGAUCCAGGGUAUACGAUCAGAUUUAAAGUGGAACAAUCCUUUAUAGAGGCUCCCACCAAUGGCUGUAUCGGAGACUACGCGGAAGUCUUUGAUGGUAAUACGAGCAAGCGGACAUUCUGUGGGUCCGACACACCGGAAGUCAUCAGUACCACUGACGUGUUGCAUGUGGUCUUUGAAUCGGACAGCUGGGUGGAGACGAUGGGGAUGAAUUUCUCUUACUACUCAGGUAAAAUUUUUCCCACGAUUAACCCGACAACUGUUACUCCUAAACCCAAGGCUAAACAAACAAAUAAAGUAACUCUCUUUGUCGCUAUCGGAGCAGCGGUACUGUGUUCCGCACUUUUCGUUAUUGUCCUCUGUGUCUGUAUGAAGCGGUGCGGAUGUCCAUGCAAAAACACUGUUCAAACUGUACAACCUUUCACUAGUGACGGUGGAAGUUCUUUACCAACGGACGAAGUGAUAUCCUUAAGGGUUUUGUCUCCUCCACCCUACAUUUCAAGGUCACCACCUUCGAUAGACAGUCCAACGAAUUCUUCUUCCCCACCCCCACCAUAUUCUCUCAAUGAUCCACACCCGGGUGUUGGUCAGACGGACAGUUUACCGAGCUACCCUGGGGAGGUUAGUCGGUACUGACGCAAUAUCAGAAUUAUGAUGAAGAUAGUCAAAUCAUCACUGUGUUCAAGUACAUUUUCCGUCCAUAUCUGAUAGUGUUUUGUGCCAAAAAUAUGCAAACUAUUAAAACUGAUGUAAUUCCGUGAAGGGAUGAAAGUGUAUUGAAGACAUUCUUCAUAUAUAAUAUCUAUAUAUUUCGCAGUGUGCUAAAUUCCUUGUUAUGUUUUUGUUCCCUUGUACAUUAUUGAAGUUGAUCUUAUUUGUUAACGUGCACAUCUCUUUUCGUUCGUUAAGUGGCAAAUAUACGUUUUUAUACGCCCGCCAUUAAGUGGGAGAUAUUAUGGUACAGCGAUAUCUGGGUAUGUCCGUCCGUCCGUUUAGGGUUUUCUGUUUGUAUUUUCAUUUUCCUGUCACAUAUUAAGCUGAAACUAGCUAUUUGCUUUUUGUGGGUCACUCUAGAUCAUGUUGCAAAUUUGAUCCAUUUCAACCUCUCAUGCAGGAGUUUUUGUCCCUAUAUUUCAAGUUUUAUGUUAUGGUUUUUCCGUCUGAUAAUCCCACAGUUUCAAGGUUAAGACUUUCUUAUUUUACAGAAUGUUUGAAUCAAUUCUGCAGAUGUGUAUAUUGCAAGGAUUUUCAUUUUCUUUUUAAAGAGAAUUACAGGUUGUAUUUCGUCAGUUUUGAUUAGAUAUUACAAAGUGAGUACAUGAUUUGCGCAUCUAACCCCUCUCACAGUUUUCAAGCCUUUGUAAAGAAAGGCGUUUGUAAAGAAAUUGAAGAUGUGGGUUUUGCAAGGAUUUUGAUCCCCAACAAUUUUCUUUGAUGUAUGAACAAAAUUACUUGUUGUUUAUGUGAAAUAUGGUACACACAUAGUUCUUGUUAUAUUGUGAUGUUCAUUUACUGAUGCGUUACAAAGGAAAGCAUGUCACACGUUAUUGAUGGCUGAUACUACCUUAAGUAAAAUUCUACGAAUGGUGGCAUUUUUGCAAUGUUUGCUAAUCAAUUUGAUAGAUAAACACCCUACGUAAGCUUGUGACGGGCCUAUACAUCGUUUCCCGCUCUCCUACAUAAGUUUGUGACGGGUCCAUGCAUCGUUUCUGGUUCUCUUAUAAACUUGUGACGGGUCCAUACAUCAUUUCCGGUUCUCUUCUUUCAUAGAAUGCGAAAAAGAUUUAGGAAUUCAAUGCUUGAUUUAUUUGUUUGCUUUGAGAUCGAAAAUUGCUAGGAUAUUGCCUCGAUUUUCUAACUCUCUAUAACAUGACCUUUUGUGAUAACAUUUGAACUGAAUACAUGUAUACUUCAUACUUGGCGAAAUGAAAGGUCAAAGCUAUUUAACGAAGAAAACACGAGGUGACGAAAUAUGCCAGUUUAUAAUUUUAUUACUUCCCAUAUUUCUGUUUGCCACUUAGCUAUAAUAACUUUUAUUAUGAUAUCAUAUUAUUUAAAGCAUGUGAUUAGUCGAUUGUUGUCAGUAUAGUAUUUACAGACAGAAUUGUUGUCACGUGAUUCUGUUAUACUAUACUGAAAAUAAAACAUAUACAAACUCAAAUAUAAAAGAAAUCUUAUUAUAUUAGGAUGGGGUUUAUAAAGGUUUUAUUUUUUAAAUAAUAAGGCUUAUAAACAUCUGUUUUGGGCAGUAUAUAUAUUCUAUAAUGUUUUCAUAACAGAAUCUCAUGACAAUAAUCGACCAAUACAGGCUUUUUACUUAAUAAAUACCUGGUAAAUAAUCUUCUACUUUUAAAGUGUUUGGUAAAUCAUAAUAAAAGAAUUAUAUCAUAUUGAUAUAGUCAGUAUACCCUAAUCAGGUCGAUGAUAUCAUGUAUUGAUUCAUUUAAAUGUUAUGAUUGUAUGCAUGUAAUGCGAAUAUGUGUUUUUACCUAUACGCGCAAAGAAAAUUACUCGAAUUACAGUUGUUUUUAUAAGGAAAAAAACCUUCAUAUCAUAGGCUAAAAUAUAAUACAUUUUCAAAAGUAAGUUAGAAAUAGCAAUAUUUACAACAGCAAAGAAGCUUCAAUAUAUUGUCAAUGGAAUAUAUCCAUGUAUAGAAAAAUCUACACAAGUAGUAAUGUGGUAAAAACAUCACAAAUCUGAGUAUACUCGACUUGUUAUUUUACUUCUUCUGAUUGUAGUACAGUAACACAAUCCUAAGUAUAUAUACGAAGCCAUUGACUGGCAGACGGCCGCAGAGCGGGGGUAUUGUUUUUAUUGUCAUAGAAGAAAGGAGCAAAUAAUAUGAGUUGUUUAUUUUUAGUACAUGUACAAUUGAUUAAAAGAUAUGAAGAGUU